UCUCCCCGCGCACGCAGCUCCCCCGGCACCGAGCGCACCGCGCCGCGCCGCGCCGCAGCCCUGCCCUGCCCUGCCCUGCCCAGCGGCCUCCCGCGCCGGACUUCCCAUAGAGGAGCCUGAACCCAAGCAAAGGAAUAGAAGCUUCAUUUGCAAGGAUGUGGCUUCAAGUUGCUUCAAAUCCAGAGCUUCUCUGAACGAGGUGCUAUCAGAAGUUGAUGUGGCUGAGAUCUGCCACCAAACCCUACUGAACUCUCUUGCUUUGCUAGUCUCAAUCCCUCUCCCUUACAAUGAGUGGCUUCUUCUCGCACUUGGACCCCAGGCGGAUCCAGUGGGGUGCCACAUGGUAUGCCAUGCACUCCAGGAUUCUGCGCACCAAGCCUGUAGAGUCCAUGCUAGAGGGGACUGGCACAACCACUUCUCAUGGGACCAAGCUGGCCCAGGUCCUUACUACCAUCGACCUGGUUUCACUCGGAGUUGGAAGCUGUGUUGGCACUGGCAUGUAUGUAGUAUCGGGCCUGGUUGCUAAGGAGAUGGCAGGGCCUGGGGUCAUUGUUUCCUUCAUCAUUGCUGCAGUUGCCUCUAUUUUAUCAGGUGUUUGUUAUGCCGAGUUUGGAGUGCGGGUCCCGAAGACCACAGGCUCUGCCUACACCUACAGCUACGUGACAGUGGGCGAGUUUGUGGCAUUCUUCAUUGGCUGGAACCUGAUCCUGGAGUACCUGAUUGGCACCGCAGCUGGUGCAAGUGCACUGAGUAGCAUGUUUGACUCCCUGGCAAAUCACACCAUCAGCCGCUGGAUGAUCAACAGCGUUGGAACGUUAAAUGGCCUAGGAAAAGGAGAAGAAUCAUACCCAGAUCUUCUGGCUUUGGUUAUCGCUGUCAUUGUGACCAUCAUUGUUUCCAUGGGAGUGAAGAACUCUGUGGGAUUCAACAAUGUGCUCAAUGUCAUUAACCUGACAGUGUGGGUCUUCAUCAUGAUAGCUGGACUGUUCUUUGUCAACGGUGACAAUUGGUCUGAGGGGCAGUUCCUGCCCUUUGGAUGGUCAGGGGUGCUACAAGGCGCAGCUACUUGUUUCUAUGCUUUCAUUGGCUUUGACAUAAUCGCCACAACAGGAGAAGAAGCAAAGAAUCCCAAUACCUCCAUCCCUUACGCAAUCACAGCUUCGCUGGUCAUGUGCCUGACAGCAUACGUGUCUGUGAGUAUUAUCUUAACACUGAUGGUGCCAUCCUCUGACAUUGAUACUGAAUCCCCUCUGAUGGAAAUGUUCGUAGCCCGUGGAUUCUACACUGCUAAGUUCAUCGUUGCCAUUGGAUCUGUGGCUGGCUUGACAGUGAGCUUGCUGGGUUCCCUUUUCCCAAUGCCUAGAGUCAUUUAUGCCAUGGCUGGUGAUGGGCUGCUCUUCAGAUUCUUGUCCCACGUAAGCUCUUACACGGAGACUCCAGUGGUGGCUUGUAUUGUCUCAGGAUUUCUAGCAGCACUACUCUCCUUGCUGGUCAGCUUGAGGGACCUGAUAGAAAUGAUGUCCAUUGGCACACUCCUAGCCUACACUUUGGUCUCUGUUUGUGUCUUGCUUCUUCGAUAUCAGCCGGAGAGUGACAUUGAUGGCUUUGUCAAAUUCCUGUCUGAGGAGCACACCAAGAAGAAGGAAGGGAUUCUAGCGGACUGUGAGAAGGAAGUUUGUUCUCCCGUGAGUGAAGGGGAGGAGUUUUCUGGCCCGCCCACCAACACAUGUGGUGCAAAAAAUCUACCCUCCUUGGGAGACAACGAGAUGCUCAUUGGGAAGUCAGAUAAGUCCACCUACAAUGUCAACCACCCUAACUAUGGCACGGUGGACAUGGCCUCAGGAAUAGAGGCAGAUGAGUCUGAAAACAUUUACCUCAUCAAGCUGAAGAAGUUAAUAGGGCCACGUUACUACACAAUGAGGAUCCACCUUGGACUACCAGGGAAAAUGGAUCGGCCGACGGCAGCCACUGGCCACACUGUCACCACUUGUGUGAUCUUGCUGUUCAUCUUGAUGUUUAUCUUUUGUUCUUUCAUCAUCUUUGGUGCAGACUAUAUCUACGACCAUAGCUGGUGGGCUAUUCUUCUGGUGGUUUUGAUGAUCCUGCUCAUCAUUGUAUUGGUUUUUGUGAUCCUGCAGCAGCCAGAAAACCCCAAAAAGUUGCCGUACAUGGCACCCUGUCUCCCUUUCGUCCCUGCCUUUGCCAUGCUGGUGAAUAUCUAUCUCAUGCUGAAGCUCUCCAAAGUAACAUGGGUCCGAUUUGCUGUCUGGUGUUUUGUGGGUUUGCUCAUCUAUUUUGGCUAUGGCAUGUGGAACAGCACCCUGGAGAUCAGCGCCCGGGAGGAGGCCCUUCAUCAGAGCACAUACCAGCGUUACGAUGUUGAUGUUGACCCCUUCUCUGUCGAAGAAGGCUUUUCCUAUGCUGAGAACGACAACUACCAGGACUGGGGAGCUUCUGAAGACAAAGGCUUCUCUUAUCAGCAGAUGUCGGAGGCAAAGGAAAGUAAUCGGACAAGUAGCAAAUCAAAAAGUAAAGGCAAACACAAACAGAAUUCGGAGGCUCUGAUUGCAAAUGAUGAGUUAGAUGACUCGCCAGAGUAAGAGUCAUGGGAACCAAACGGUAAUGCGCCCUCUCACUAACCUGACCCAUGGGCUAGAAUGUGAAGGCUUCUCUGGCUCUCAUUGUAAACUCCAUCGUCCUCUAAAUUUCAGUGCCCAGAAUCACGUCCCUCACUCUCUCACUUCUUCUCCAGGAUAGUCCUGGAUUCUGAGGUUGUCACUUUCAACAAAACAAACAAGUGGCCUGUUCUGUGUCCAUCAGUCAUGUCCUGUUUUGGUGAAUUUUACCAAGGGGGCCAUCACUUGGAUGGAUUGAUCGACUAGCAGAUUCUUUCUGUGUCUAUUAAACCAUCAGCAUGCAUUAUACUGAACACCUGGCAGUACUGACAACAUGAGUUAAUGGGAGAUGUGCCAAAUAGGAUGAGCAUAUACUAAGUGAGCAGAGUCACGUGACCAGUUGAAUUGGUAAGGGCCUGAAACAUAUUCUCUGUGCUUUCCAUAGAGAAUAUUUACCCCAUAAUACUGGCUUGAAGCUACUGUUAUAUAUUUGGCACUUUCUUAGCAAAUAUAUUUUUCCUUGAACCUUGUAGGAAGAAGAUCUUAGAUAGAUAGAUAGAUAGAUAGAUAGAUAGAUAGAUAGAUAGAUAGAUAGAUAGAUAGAUCCAGACUGAGGCAGUAAAAUAUUUCCAAGGAAAUCUCAGGAGUAGAUUAAAGGUAGAUCCAGAGAUCUUGGCCUCACAGAAUAACAUUUCCAACCUGCAUUUCAACCUUUGGAGAACAGUAUGAACACCAUGGGUAAGGAUGGGUCUGAACCAAAACCCCUUAAAACCAAAUAUCCCAACCUUGGGGAAUCACAAUCCAGUCUUUGUGGUUUGUAUCUCUUUCCCUAGGACAGACUGAAUCAAAAUGAGAGAUCCCAGUGCAUUUGAACCUCCCAGAUCUGGAUCUAGACUUUGUAGUUUGUAUCCAUCCUUAGUCAUGAUAAAGGUCUCUACCCAGCUAGACUUAACCAUCCUAGUGUGACCCUCCAUUUCACCUGGCACUGUAUAUUUCAAGACUUGGACUCUGUUUCAAUCAUUAUGGGUCUAUUACCAAUUCACUAAUCUCUAUUAUUUCCCAUUAGGUAACUUCUGGAUUGUCAUUCAGAUUUAAGUCCUUCAGGGGAAGUUCCUAUUUGCUACUUUGUGACAUUCCUGCACCGCAGAAAUUUAGGUUCAUAAAAGCUGUUAACAUUCAUUCAUCACUGAAUGGUGUCUGUAGCCAGUCUGAAUAAGCCAGCCACUGACAUUUCAUUCCCUGCCAUAAAACUAUACUUCAUAUUAAGGAUUCUUAGUUUAUCUAUGUUUUUGAGAUACUGAACUGUGGAACUGUUGGGUGAUAAUCUGAAAAAUAUUGAAGUGCAGCUACCUACUAUGAUUAACAAAUUCCAUAGUCUCCUACCCCACUUUGAAAUAAUGAAAUAGGCAAGGGAAAGAUGGGAGUUCAUGUAACACCAGGCAGGUUUUCCCAGGAGGUGGAUGGUUAUUGUGAGCUUGUGGGCUACAAACAGACAGCAGGCCCAACCCUGCAAUUUUCACAUCAACAAAAUGUCCAGUGAUGUCAUAUCUAAUCAGAGCAGACUAGAAUAACCUCAUUUGUGAUGUUACUCCAUUAAACAUUAAUGCUGGGAUGAAUUUGGCAUACUGUGUCCUUUCCGAUCAACAUAUAAGACAGAAAAAAACAGGUUAGCUAAGCUCAAGCAGAAGAUAUCCUUAUAAAUUAAUUAAACAAUUCUUAGCAACAGUCUUACAUCCAUGAUUUUGUGUGUUUAUUAAUAUAUUAAUAUAUAUUAUUAAUGUACCAAAUGAGACCAUUGGCACUGCUAGGCACAAGUACAAAAUACUACUACACAUACUAUUAAGCCUUCAGUGACAUAGAGUCAAAAUGAAACACUCCUCCUCCUAACCCAGAGCACACCUCACCACAACAACAGUGGAGGCUAAGAUUUUCAUGCCAUGUAAGGCAGAUAGAUAGAUAGAUAGAUAGAUAGAUAGAUAGAUAGAUAGAUAGAUAGAUAGAUAGAUAGAUAGAUAGAUAUCAAUCAUAGCACCUACAAGUCAAGAACUCAGUGCUGCAGCACUGUGGAGUUAGCCCUGCUGUAUACAGAUUCCAUUGAUUUUAAAUAUAUAUAGGUACCACUAUAUCAGAGCACUGAGUUCCUGACUUGCAGGUACCUAGUUGUGUAGUUGAAUCCACAGCCCCAACUAAAGCACUUGGACUCUCUGUACAAUGCAAGAAGAGAUGUAGGUGCCUAAGGGAGCAGGGAGUCACUGACACUAACCUAUAGGAAAUGCUGAGAAGAUACAUGUGGCUUAAGUCUCACACACUCUGGCCCUGCUCCACUUGGGAUUCCAGUUGAGCCAUGACAACUCUUGUGGAAUUAAGUGCCUAAAUCAGCCCUUUCUUACAGGAUGCAACCAAAAGUAGAUAGUUACUUUUCACCCAAGAGUCCAGUGGUUAAAGCAGUCACCCACAAUCUGGAAGGUGCAGAUUCAAUUCUCAGUGCACAGAUAUUAGGGUCUACCUUGGAGAAUAUGCCCCCCACCAGUCCCCAGAAUUAAGAGCCUAACACUAUCUGCUAAGAGGACAUUUGGGCUGUCUGACUUUUGGAAGGCUUGAGCAUGGAGUCUGCCAGGAAUUCCUACCUCCACUGUAGCCAACAAGACAAGUUUUGUCACUUAUCUUUGUGGAGCCAGGGUUUCAUUCACCUCUUGUUUCCAAUGUCGCUGGUACCCACACCAUACAGGCGUUAUGCCUUGCUAGCUUAUCUAGAUUCUAAUGCCUUCCAUUAGAAGUCAGAGCCUGGAUGGAUAUGUGUAAUCCCUUAUGGAUAUGUGUAUCUUCCCUUAAAAGACAUCUGUUAUGGUUCUGUCACACUCUCCAUUGCAAUUAAUGAUCAUCAACUUCCAUGUGCGGCAGAUCCAGGGAGAUUUAGUCUUAAAUCAUUGCACUAGGUGGGAAAGUGAUUGUUUCAUAGACUGAUUUUCAGUUAACAACCGUGAUUUCAAAUAAAUGAUAAAUUACAAAUGUUUUAGCUGCUGAAAGUUACACUGUUAAAUGCUACCAUCCAAGCGGCACCAGGAUAAAAACAGAGUAAUCCCACUGGCCUUGUUAGCAUUAUUCUGGAUAUAAUCUACCUAUUAGCAAAGACAUACUCCACUGGUAGCACUGAGGCCUUCCUUUCCACUCCCUGAGCUAGGCUGUGAGCAAGGCCUCCUCUCUAUUGUCCACUUGUGCAGAUGACUUUCUAGUGCCAAGGCUGCAGCAGUCUCUCUUAUCUCUGUUCAGGAAUAGUAGAGGGAUCAGGAUCCACAAACACUCAUUGGGGGGUUGAGAAGGGAGUCUAUGAAUCCCAAACCUAAACCAACUGAGCAGUGUCCCUCACCCCUCACCUUCCAGAUCUGACCUUCCUCGAGAUGGUCCCGCCAGGGCAGAUCUUCUUUGUAGGAGGAAGGAAACCUCAGGAUCUGAGCUAGUAUUAGUAACCUUUGAAUUACUAUUUAUGAUUAGCAUUGAGAUCUCCCCAGGCAUAGGCCAGGCCUCCAUUCUGCUGGGCAGAUGACAAACACAGAAUAAAAACUGCCUCCUCCAAUAGCUGCACUCAAAAUAAAUUAAACAUAUUUCCACUUACUACGAAACUUUAAAUAAUUUGCCUCUUCCUGUUCACUCGGGUUACCAUUCGUUAUUUGUUAAGGGCCCUGUCUGGGAUGUCCCAGCUCAAAAGGGCUUGGAGUUAGAGAAGAUAGAGAACACAGCAUAUGGAAAAACCAAUAGAAGGGCUGAUCAGAGCAAAUUUGCUUCUCUGUCUCUACAACAAGAUAUGCAAACAAAAAAGGAAAAGUAGAAGGAACUUUGCAAAAUGACCAUUAACAAGCUCAAGGCAGAUGGGGACCCAUCAGGAAGGAGGGACUGUGAACACUCAGCAAACCAGGGAAAUAGAUUCCUGUCCUUAAGCUCAACCAUCAACACAUUAGUAGGUAAGAGGUUCAUGCAAUAAAUGAAGGAGCAGUCCCCUGGCAGCACAGAUCACAAUAGUUCUUAUUCAGUGACUAUGUGGCAUAAGCACUCAACCCAUUCAUGGCAGAUCCUACACAACUUUUCUCUCUCCAUCCAGUUUGCGAUAAUGGAAGGCAUAAUUUGUGGCCAUUCCUUCAGCUCACCCUGAGAUUAUGAUAUGUCUUUCAGAUAAAAGCCAGAUGAGACAUAUGCAGACAAGAUUCAGGCUUAGAAAAUAUAUAUAUUGCAUUGAAGUGCUCUCACUUCAGCACAUGUCUAGGUUGAAGAAUGAGGUUCCAAGGCAGAUCUGUGUUUGUGCACUAAAAGCGCACGGAGGCUCUGUUUUAAUAUGCCACAUGAAUUCCCAAAUAUCUUCUCCAGUGAAAACAAUGGAAUGGAUCCUACAACUCUUACUCAUAUGGAUCCUGUGGGCUGAUUGUGAGUUCAUCUGCACCAGGAAAUAUCCAGAGUGACUCAUAGAGUCAUAGAAGAUUAGGGUUGGAAGGGACCUCAGGAGGUCAUCUAGUCGAACCCUAGGGCUGUGCAAAACAGCACCAUUCCAUUUCAACUUGCGUUUCAACGUUUCAACAGAACAGCGUUUCAUUUCAAAUUUUAUUUCAAUUCAAAACCGCUGUUCCGUUUCAUCAAAACAGUUUCACUGUUUCGACACUGUUUUGACAUUUUGCCCAUAGGCUAUAAUAGGGAAGCUUGAAACAGCCUAUAGCUUUGUCAUUUAUGGCCUGACUUGGCUGAAACUUGCAGGAAUGGUAGCCCCUUCUGAGGGCAUGAAGCCUGCCAAGUUUCAAGGAGAUAGGUAUAGGGGUUUCAGGGGAACUGCACCUCAAAAUCUUGAAAGCAAAAACCUCAUGUCACGUGUAUGUGUUAAGCCACAGUGGGGUCAAAACUGCAGGCAUACUAGCCCUGCUGAGGCAACAAAGCCUGCCAAGUUUCAAGGAGAUAGCUGCAGGGGUUUGGGGGAAACUGCACCUCAAGCUGUGGACAAGCAAAACUCGUGACAUGGGUGACAGUGUGUGUGUGUUAAGGUGCGCCCUCACUCAACUGACACCAAGGCAGAAAGCAGGGCAGUUCAAACAAUGCUGCCUUUUAUGCAGUUUUUCCAUCCCGCCCCCAGAGCACUGGGAGUGGAAGGGACCUCAGGGAAGGAUCACAGUCACUGGCCAGCUACACAGUCAAUAAUGAGAGCAGUCCUUCCCCCCUCUUCCGCCCUCUUGCCCCUCCCUCUCCUUACUUUACUUUCUGUUUCCCUGCAGGCAAGCCCAGCUUGAGCUUCAAAACUAAAAACGUUUGGAAAAUUUUGAAACGUUUCAACUUGCCUCAUUACGUUUUGAGGCUGUUUCGAAGCUCUCCGUUUUGUUUCGAUUUUGCUGUUUCAAGCUCAAAAUGAGUCGAAACAGUCUCGAAACAAAAGUGCCGGCAAAAUUUUGCACAGCCCUAUCAAACCCCCUGCUUAAAGCAGGACCAUCCCCAACUAAAUCAUUCCAGCCAGGGCUUUGUUGAGCCAGGCCUUAAAAACCGCCAAGGACGGAGAUUCCACCACCUCCCUAGAAAACCCACUCCAGUGCCUCAUCACCCUCCUAGUGAGACAGUUUUUUUCUAAUAUCCAACCUAAACUUGCCUUACUGCAACUUGAGACCAUUGUUCCUUUUUCUGUUAUCUGCCACCGCUGAGAACCGUGAGUUCUGUAUUGGGAUACCUGCAGUCAGAAUCCUGCCUUUAAAGUCAUGUAACAGGUGAUCACUUACCACAUUGGGGUAAAGACUCCAGGGACAAGGCCAGCCUCAUAUUUACAUUUUGCAAAAACUUGAGAGAUUCCCAUAGAAAAUACCAACUUCAUCUUAUGAGAACUAAACAAUACAAGGAUAGAGAUUAAGGCUGGAACAUUCUGAGUAUAAUUUAAACUGGGGGAUCAGAUCAAAGUGUGCUCUUUGCACUGACCAGAGCAUGUCUGCACAUGAGAACUGAGGAGAAAGCAAGGCUAAGGGGACAGCUGUUCUGGACUGCAAGGCACUGAAUGCCCCCUUCUUGUCAUGUAGGUGCCUACUGAUUUACUCACAGAUCCCCAUUGACUUUCAGAAGUGUUGUCCCAAAAGAGGAGCUGGGACCUCAACCUGCCCUUCACUAGAUCCCAGAAUUAUGGUUUUAGGAUUGGGAAGACAGAAUGUUCAGUGUAGUGCAAAGCUAGCUUUUAUUUAUUUAUUAUUUAUUUAAACAAUUAUAUUUAAAUAUAAUAUAUUCAACUUCUUUGAAGAAUCUAUUUGUCAUACAUGCAUAGGCAUAUUGUACAUCAUGUUAGAACUAGAAAGGCUCUACUCACCUUAAACGAUAUCAGGCUGUAUUUUCACACAAGGUUUCUGGUUUGAAAAUAAGCAAGAGCAAAACUUGCAUGUGUUAUACCUGUCACUAGAGUCCUGUGAUAAAAACAGCCUCAAUCUGUGAAGUUCAAGUGUAUUUUUUUUAAAUAAUCUUGAGUACAACACAAGUCAUACAGCAAGUAAAAAUGGAAAGUCUUUUUCAAAUGUAUACCUUUCCAACCUUUGUGUGCAUUUGAGCUUCCACAAAUUUCCUUUCCCUGUCCUGUUAACAAUCAACGGACACUCCCACAAGGAGCACCCACAAUGUGUCUGAUUCUGCAGGCACUCCUCCCAUCGCAGCCAAUAGGAGUUUUGCCUUAGUAAGGAUCAAAGCCAGAAUGUCCACAAGCCCCUUUUCAAAUGCAUACAACCUGCACAUGCAGCUGGUAGUGCCCAAUUACUGUGCAGCUAAUUGGCCCGUAAGACUUGGGGGCACAGCAAGGUGCAUGUUGGAAAAUGUUGAAAAAAUGUUUAAAUGUUUUACAGGUGCCUUUGAAAAUGUGGCCACAUAAGCCUAGAUCAGGUACCCACUACCUAAACAUACACAUCAACUAGAUUUUUACAAGCAAGAACCAGGAGCCCCCACUCACUGAGGAGCUGUAUUUUCAAGGUGUAUUAACACUUCUGUCCUCUCUGUAGGCCUGACCCUGAAUGGUCCUGAACCCCUCACACUAAAAUCUUGUGCUUAGGUACCAUAAGAGAAAACUUCAGGAAUAUCUGACAUAGAUCAAUGGCAUCUAGCAGAAUCUGACUCUACAUUUCAGCAGAGAAAGAAUAUGGGUUUGGACAGAUGUAACAAUUAAAUAAUAUCUGGUGGUACCAAUAUAAGCUGUUACUAUUAUAACUGUUGUGUCUACAUGCUUUUGUAAAGAUUCAAGUGUAGCAAAACCAUGCCAGGUUUAACUCUAUUUCAUUUAAGACUAAAGUUACAGUGAUUUAGCUAAUUUAUAUCACUUCAGCUCAUGCAACUAUAACAGUUGCAUCAGAACAACUGGUGCCUCUUGGCUUCCUAGAACAGUUAAAAAGUAUGUUUGUCCCUUGCCUUUAUGUUACUUUCCUACUAGCUGUUGUACUAAGUGAACGCGUCUACACAAAAUGUGAUUGCACAUUAGCACAUCACGGCAAAAGCUGUGCUAUUGCGCUAAUGCACAGUAAAAUUAGUCUACUGUACAUUUAGCAUCACUUAGAAGGCAUGUGCCAGUGCGAUCAUGCAGUAGCGCCAGUUUCUGCACGUUUAGUUUGUUUCUGUUAUUACAGGUACUAAACUUAAUGCGCAGUAACCGCAGAGCAUAUUAAUGCAUGUGUAGACAUGCCCAAUAACAUUUAAAACAGUCCUUAUAUCCACAGCUCUGCAAGACACUUAAGUACAUGCCUCGCCGUUAAUGCAGACCUACAUACCUUGCCACAUUGAGACCUACAUUCCCUCACAGCCUUAAUAGCUUGUACCAGAGUAGCCAGCAGAAAGAGGGGCUGGUAUCAUGUUUCCACACAUAAACUGUGUAAUUUACUGUAAACCUGAUUCAGUGCCCUUGAAGUCAGUGGGAUCUUUCCAGUGGGAUGGGAGAAGGCAUCACAGCUGUUGUUAUCCGUACACUUUCCCUUUGCACUCCUCCAUCCAGCCAUGCCUUCUUUUUUCCAGGCUGAUUUAUGAAUUUCAGUAGUGUCUUAAUAUGUUGUUCAUCAUCACCUCAGUUAUGUCACAGGCCACUAAAGGGAUUCAUUCAUUCUUCUCACAUCUAACAAAAGAAAAGAUCUUAGGUUAGAGGAAAGGUUGUGCUGCAGUAUUGCCACCAGGAUCAUCAGAAAACAGCAUUUCAUGUGUCAGACAGGUAAAACUGUGAGGAAGGACCUCGAGAAUCAUGUGCUAUCAAGACAGGCUCUUUCUAAAAAUUAUUGUACAAAUUAGCAUAAUUUAUAAUCUCCCACAUACCUUCUAGGACUAGAUUAAGAAAGAACUAGCAUCAUCCACGUCAAAACAAAACCAACCUAGACACUAGGCUGUGUUUUAGAACAUUAUGCUCUAUUCAAACAUCAUUACCAGUUACCAACUGGCAGGCAUAAACUCAAAUGUGGAAAUGAUCAAUUUGCAGCAGAAGUGAUCUUCAGUCCAUCCCCCAGAUCCCAAUCCCCUACACUGGGAAGAUGACAUAAUUCAAAUCUGAAAAAUGGGAUUCAGGUCACCUGCAUUUCCCCUUAUGUCAGAUCAUGAAACUAUUUGAUAUGAACAAAGGCCAAGAGUUCCUAAAGUCUCCACUGCUUCUGAAUGCCUUAGUCACUGGAUAGCCAAGUCCGAAAACAUAAAAGGGCCUGAUUUUCACCAGGGGAAGUCACUAGGAAAUAUGGAUGCUCAGUCAGGCUUCCCGAGAUGGAGGUGCUCAAAUUCAGUGGACACUUUUGAGAUGUUUAGGCUGUCAUGUAAUAUUCCUUAGCAUUAAUGGGAGGGGAGUCAUAGGCAUAACCCUGUUGCACAAGUGACAAAAUCCCAAUGAUCAUAAAUGCCUCCCUUUCAAAGGACCAGGAUCUUGGAUUGAUGAAGCAUAAAUACCUCAACUCUUUCUGGUCAAUUUACCUUAGCCCCCUGCAGCUUCUUUUUCAUUGCUCUUGGUUACAAUGAUUCGAUGACAAGACUCAGCACUCCAGCAUCCUCUGUACAGAGAAGAAAUCAUGCUCCUGCUGACAUAAGAUGUUGAAAAUUCAGCUUGUAAAUUACCUUCAUUUUGUUUGAUCUUUAUGACGUAUGACUUGCUUUUUGCAGAUGGUAUUUUCUGGUGUAACGAUUCUCCGCAGUUCUGGUAUGAAAUUGGUGUAUGUGUUAACAAGUUUGUUAUAUUAAUUUUUUGUGGUUUCCAAAACCCCAUUGGUGCACUGUACAAUGGGAUCUUGUGGUGUGUCAUGAAGAAAGAAAAAAAAUGCAGCUAUGUUAUAGAGUGAUCCUUAUUUUCAAAUGAUUGUGUUGUUGAUGAUAUUAUAUAUAUAUAUAUAUAUAUAUAUAUAUAUAUAUAUAUAAUGACUUAUCGAGAUACUAAGAAAAGAAAUUUAAAUUUACCAAAAUGUGUAUAUUUUAAUAAAUACAUAAAGCUUUAUUGUGUGCCUUUACAUUUUAAAAAAAUGGAUUUAUAAAGGAAACCAGAGAGAAAUAUGUCUUGGUAUAAAUUUCCAUAGUAAUGUAAAGCUUUUAAAUGAAAGAAUAAACCAAAAAAAGGACAAAAAACGAAUUUCCCAUAUAAAUUUUGUUAAGCGGAUCGGUAUCUGAUGGGCUGAUAUUUUUCAAUGCUAAAUUGAAUAUAGACAAAUCUUGCCUUAAGUGCUUCAAAAUUUCCUUUGUAGAAGAACCAUGUAAAUGGGUUGAUUUUGGUAUUUCCUUGCAUUGUUGUGAAAAAUGGUUAUUAGUUUACACAAUAAAACUUAAAAAGUGAAAGCAGUCAAGUUUUA